GCAUCAACAGCCUCCACAGCGGGUUUCCACAGUGGAUUUUCACAACAGAGACAUAAACAAAGCGUUGAAACACGGCGGUUCACACGGCGGCAAAGGACUAGCGACGAGAUGAGCCUCUCAGAUGGGUUGGAGGAUCAUAUAGAGAUCCCCAGCAGCGACGAAGGGUUUACCGCCUCGCCCACUUUCGCAGUGACAGACCUUUUAACGUCACUGGGGGAGCGUACACAGGACGCGGAGUAUUUGGUGACGAAGGGCAACGAUUUGAUACUUCUGUUACAGAAGUUCCCGUAUAUCAAGGAGGACUUGAUCCUGAGUGCGUUUGGCCAUAAGCUGCAGACGCUGCUCACACAUCCAAAGAAGGAAGUUGUCGCCACAGGCUAUAGGAUAUGCCGGUAUGUUGUAUUCGAUGUUGCGUCUCUCCAAGGGCUGAUCUCUUUGAAGCUUGACGUGUUGAUGAUUAUCUCACUGGCGAAAGGCUCUCACCACGACAUCGAGAGGGAGCAGGCGAUCAAGCUGCUGCGUGCGUUCUUUGACAUCCCGAACGGUGCAAAGGAGAUCACGAGAGGGCUGGCCAAUGCGGUGCUGGCCAUCGCUGAACAGGUUGACGACAAGAUGAGGAAGCUUUGUAUAGAGACGUCGUGCGAGAUAUGCCUGCUGAGGCCGGAUCUGAUUAGACCACACUCGAUUGUUCAAUUCAUACUCGACGGUCCCUUUGAGCUGUCUUCGAUGUGUGCCACCACUAUCGUGUCGUUGUUGAACACGCAAGAGGGACGGAAGCACAUCGAACUACAAGACAUGCAAAAGAUUAUAUCUCCAUUCACUGAGUUCCCAGUGAAGGGCCAUUUGAACAAUGAUCAGAUCCAGACAAGUGCGUACGUCAUUUCGAGGUUCCUGAAGAACCUUGCUGGACUUCACGGGUUUUGUAUGGAUGAUUUCAAACCUUUAAGGGAACUGAUUGCGUGCCUAUCAUUCCCAGUGAAUGGGGUUGUCUCAAAGUUGUUAGAUCUCUUUCUUGAUCUUUUGAUGGUUAGACCCCUCAGCAAAAAACCAAUUACACAACCAACAAAGACAGUGAUUGUUCCCCUAAAGUUGGAAAACCAAUUCGUCUUGAGCAAUCACUAUCUCGCCCUCAUAGUUACCAUUUUGUUUCGUUGUGGAAUAGUACCACAACUCUUGGGGAUUCUGGAAACAUCGAAAGAUGAGGGAAACUGUACAAAGGCUGGCUGUAUGCUUGCAGAGUUGGCAAAUAUCAAGACAAACUUGGUUCCGGAAGAGUUCUCAAUCGAUGAUAGUGCAGAGAUCAUGGUUAAUUUUAACUCAACCGACUCUAACAAUGGAAGACCAGAGUACAUAUUGGAAAGACUGACGAGAAAGUCUUACAAAGGACGUACCAAUCUAGGACUGCAAAACGUCAAAAUCUCUGAGAACUUUACAAAGAUCUCUAAAUCAAGCAAAAACAAUUUCAGCUAUUAUGCGGAUGAAACCAGGUUAAGACAGAUGAUUUCAGAUUCGAAGGUUUUAUCAUCCAAGAAGUUUGUUGAAUGGGACUGCGAUAUUUUAACCGAACUAUUCCAAGGACCCUUUAUGAAUGGCAAGAGACUCGACGAUAUAAAUAGAACAACAAAGUUCUUGAAACGUUUAUUAUCCUUCUACAGACCCUUCAAGCAUAAAUUCAGUGCUACGAAAAGGACAAAGUCAAGCGUCAGAUUUAUCAAGCUUGGUUGUGAUAUCAUUACCUGUCUAUUGAGUUCCCACCAGGGUGUCUUAAUCUUAAAAGAGAACAAAAUCGUCCCUCAGAUUGCAGAGUGCCUUGCUCAGCUGGAUCCAUAUAGCGGUUUCUAUGCCAAAGAUCAAAUCUUUUCAAAAGCUAGAUUAGAAUCAACAUUGACUAGUGGCUACUUUACGAUACUAGGAAAGAUUUCUUCUUAUGAGAAUGGUUUGAAACUGAUGGAACAAUGGAAAAUUUUCAGUAUCAUACACCAUAUAUCAGAUGAUCCGUUCCGUCGUGAGGAUUUGAUCAUUAUGUUUAUGAAUGAAAUGAGCUACGACUCACCAGGACAAUUAAGGGUACUUUUGUCAAAGUUUCUCCAUUCUGAGAAUAAAAAAAUCAAGGUCAGUGCUACCAAUUUGCUGAGGACCCUUAUAAGGAACGAAGAAACGAGGGACUUCGCUUGUGAAUUACUUGUUGAGCAACUCUAUGAACAAGACAAGGAUGUCUGCUCAAUUGUGAUAUCCGUACUCUCAGAAUACUGCGACGAAUCAGCUAGACAUAUGGACCAGAUAAUCAAUCUGAACCCCAGUGUUAACAUUCUCAAGCUGUACAGUUCGGGAAGAGACUCGCUGCUAAUGAAAUUUCUAAGUACAUCUAGUGGGUUUGAAUAUCUUCAUCAUAAUGGAUUCAUAGACCAGGAGUUUGACAGUUGGGUUUCUGGUGAGAAGUAUAUUGACUAUGCUUUGGAGGUUGACAGACUGCUCAUGAAAAUGGACAAGGAUUGGGAUGACCCUCUUGUGUCUCCUUCAGUUUCACUUCCUCCAAACCUCUUCGGAGAACUGAUAAAGACAGAGGAGGGAUUUAGCGUUAUUGUACAAUCAGGUGUACUAACUGAUUUUGUGAACAUGGUACGCUUCUAUGCGACAAGUAUAGGUAAAACACAGCCUACCACAAUUGAUUAUCUCAGAUUGAAAGCUUGCCUCUGGUCUAUUGGCCUUAUGAGCACAAGUGAUCUAGGCAUUGAAACCCUAGAUGUUAACGGUUGUAUUGAAGACAUUGUUCAAAUUGCAUAUAAUAGUCCUCUAAUCGAUCUUAGAGGGAUUGCAUUUUAUGUUUUGGGUCUCAUUUCCAGAAAUAUGCAAGGUGUUGAAGUUCUUGACGAGUACUCUUGGUGUUCCAAGCUGGAUGUGUAUCAAAAAUCAAUAGGGAUUUCUGUUCCAAAGGAUACUCAGAAAUUCAUCGGGUUCAAUCAUGAUGAAAUUGCCUCAAAUGAAAUCAUAGAUUUUAACAUCUUCAAUGAGAUAGAUUCAGAGGACAUGAUAUUGACGAAGCUUGUGAAGAUUGUGGCAGAUUUGUGCAAUCACGUCUACCUGAAUUCUGCAUCCAAGGAGCUCACAACCUUUACUAAACAGCAUCCAGAGUGCUUCGAAGACCCUGAUGUUUUCUACCUCGUCCUCCAGUACUUCGAGAUGUACAAGUACCGUCAGACUGUAAGAAAAUUCAUCAUCGAGGCAUUUACCGAAUCCAGUCGUUUGCUGGAGACUAUUGUGAAACGUGACAAGAAACGUAUGAAAGAGCUUUUGAGAACCUAGCGACGAGAUUAUAUAUAUAGAGAGGGUAAUGAUUUAUGAAUGCAAACGGACAUUAUUAUAUACAGUGAAAAUGCAAGGUAUGUUUUAAACUU